AUGAUAGGGCGUGGUUGGGAACCUAGGAUAUGCUCCAGAGAGUUUAGUGGGGCGGUAAAACGAGGUUGGAAACCUAGGGAGAUCCUACGAGGUGAUUCAGUGGGUAUCGUGUUGCUGUUUAGCGGAUAUUUGGUGCAUCUAUGGGGUAGGACGAGGAUGAGCAUGCAUGGGGAAGGACUAGGCUUUGGUCCUAGCUUCGGUGGUGAGCUAGUUAGUGGAAGGACUGCCAGGGAUUUUAGUUCACAUUGGAUUAAGGAGAUGGAAAGUGUUUUCCGCACUAGUCCCUACCUCUUUGGAGCUAAGGAUAGCUUUGGUUUCUUAUCGGAGCAUGGUGUAAUGAUUCCGGAAAAGGGGGUAUCAAUCUAUGCUUGCCCUCAAGAGAAGGUAGGAGUUCCGAUCCCUCUAUUCGAGGUGCAGUUACGCUUGCCCACAUCCAAUUUCUUCAACAUGAUUGUGGACCACUAUGGCCUCUCCAUUGACGAGUUGACUCCAAGUGCUCUUAAUAAAAACGUCAGUUCUGAACUGAUUUGCUGA